GAUCUCUCACACAGCAAUUUAAUGCAGAGAGAGAAAGAGGGAACCCCGGCAACAUAAUUUACACUGACACCAGCGCAGUUCGCAAGAGUUGCUGAAGCUUAUAGUGCUUUGUUUCCUAUUGUUCUCACACCAACAUGUCAGAGCGAGGUUCAUUUUCUGGCGUCUUGGCCGCGGAUGCCUCAAAGGAGAGGAAGAAAGAAGUAGAGAGUAGACGAAAGGGAAAGGUUCCUUUGCUCAAGCUCUUCUCCUUUGCUGACUUGUAUGAUUGUGUCUUGAUGGCUAUUGGUUCUGUUGGGGCUUGUGUUCAUGGAGCUUCUGUGCCUGUUUUCUUUGUCUUCUUUGGAAAGAUUAUCAAUGUCAUAGGCUUGGCUUACCUUUUUCCCAAAGAAGCUUCUCACGAAGUUGCCAAGUAUUCUUUGGAUUUUGUGUAUCUAAGCAUAGCAAUAUUGUUUUCAUCCUGGACAGAGGUGGCUUGUUGGAUGCAUACUGGGGAACGUCAAGCUGCAAAGAUGAGGAUGGCAUAUUUAAGGUCAAUGUUGAAUCAAGAUAUAAGUCUUUUUGAUACUGAGGCCUCAACUGGAGAGGUCAUUUCAUCUAUCACAACUGACAUCAUCGUUGUUCAAGAUGCACUAUCUGAGAAGGUAGGGAACUUCAUGCACUAUAUAAGCCGAUUUAUAGCGGGAUUUACCAUUGGUUUUGUGAGAGUGUGGCAGAUUAGUUUGGUGACACUUGCCAUUGUACCCUUGAUUGCGCUUGCUGGAGGUCUUUACGCAUACGUGACGAUUGGCCUUAUUGGAAAAGUUCGAAAAUCAUACGUGAGGGCCGGUGAAAUUGCUGAAGAGGUGAUAGGCAACGUGAGAACGGUACAAGCAUUUGUAGGAGAAGAAAGAGCCGUGAGAUCAUACAAAGUGGCUUUGAUGAAAACAUAUAGAAAUGGUAGAAACGCGGGUUUAGCAAAGGGUUUGGGACUUGGCUCUAUGCAUUGUGUCCUUUUCCUAUCAUGGGCUCUGCUUGUUUGGUUCACUAGCAUUGUUGUUCACAAGAAUAUUGCCAACGGUGGUGAAGCUUUCACUACCAUGCUCAAUGUAGUGAUAUCAGGCUUGUCACUUGGGCAGGCAGCACCAGAUAUUUCUGCAUUUAUCCGAGCAAAGGCAGCAGCUUAUCCAAUUUUUGAGAUGAUAGAAAGGGACACAAUGAAUAAAAUCAGCUCAAAAAGUGGUAAAAAAUUAAGCACAAUGGAAGGUCAUGUCCAAUUUAUGGAUGUUUGCUUUAGCUAUCCAUCUCGUCCUGACGUAGUUAUCUUCAACAAUCUUUGUUUGGAUAUUCCUUCUGGGAAAAUUUUAGCCCUUGUAGGAGGAAGUGGUUGUGGAAAGAGCACAGUUAUAUCUUUGAUUGAGCGUUUUUAUGAACCACUUUCUGGUCAAAUAUUAUUGGAUGGGAACAAUAUACGAGAACUUGAACUCAAAUGGCUUAGACAACAAAUUGGACUGGUUAAUCAAGAGCCUGCACUUUUUGCUACAAGCAUCAAGGAGAACAUACUGUAUGGAAAAGAUGAUGCAACACUUGAAGAAAUAAAUCAAGCUGUGAUGCUUUCCGAUGCUCAGUCUUUCAUUAACAAUCUUCCUGAUGGAUUAGAUACUCAGGUUGGUGAGAGAGGGAUACAGUUAUCAGGGGGACAAAAACAAAGGAUUGCAAUAUCUCGUGCCAUAGUUAAGAAUCCAUCAAUCCUUUUAUUAGAUGAAGCAACUAGUUCUUUGGAUGCAGAGUCUGAGAAGAGUGUGCAAGAGGCUCUUGAUCGUGUUAUGGUUGGUAGAACAACUGUGAUAGUGGCACAUAGACUUUCUACAGUAAGGAAUGCCAAUACCAUUGCUGUUAUCGAGAGGGGGAAGGUAGUGGAAAUUGGCAAUCAUGAGGAACUCAUUUCCAACCCCAAUAGUGUGUAUACAUCUCUUGCUCAAGUCCAAGAAUCAACCUUUUUGCAAGGACACCCUUCUGUGGAUCCUUACUUGGGAGGUUCAUCAAGGCACUUAGGAGAAUCGUCAUCCCAUGCAACAAGCUUCCGUGGUAGUUUUCGUUCAGAUAAAGAUUCUACUAGUCAUGCUUUUGCUGACGGAGUGGAAAGUGCUAGAAAUUUAAGGCAUGUCCCAGCAAGAAGACUAUUUUCCAUGAUUGGUCCUGACUGGCUUUAUGGAAUUUUCGGAACCUUGGGUGCGUUUAUUGCGGGAGCUCAUAUGCCACUUUUUGCUCUUGGAAUCUCUCAUGCUCUUGUAUCGUACUACAUGGACUGGGAUACAACACGCCAUGAAGUAAAAAAAGUUUCUCUCCUCUUCUGUGGGGCAGCUAUUUUAAGUGUCAUUGCCUAUGUCAUUGAACACUUUUCCUUUGGAAUCAUGGGAGAGAGAUUAACCCUUCGUGUGAGAGAAACUAUGUUUUCUGCUAUUUUGAAGAAUGAAAUAGGUUGGUUCGAUGAUGCAAGCAACACUAGUUCUAUGCUUUCAUCACGCUUAGAAACUGAUGCAACAUUGUUAAAAACUAUAGUAGUUGAUCGUUCCACAAUUCUUUUGCAAAAUGUUGGUCUUGUUGUUGCUGCAUUUAUUAUUUCCUUCAUGUUGAAUUGGAGGAUAACGCUUGUUGUCUUGGCCACAUACCCUUUGAUCAUUAGUGGUCACAUUAGUGAGGUUUCCUCUUGCUCCAUAUUUCAACAUUACCAACUAUCAGAGUGGUACAGUUGUUUGUGUAUUAACGACUUUGUGCAAACAUUUCAGAAACUAUUCAUGCAAGGCUUUGGUGGCAACUUGAGCAAAGCAUAUUUAAAAGCCAACAUGUUGGCUGGCGAGGCUGUGAGUAACAUACGCACUGUGACUGCAUUUUGUGCUGAACAGAAGGUCCUUGAUCUUUAUGCCGAAGAGCUUGUGGGGCCUUCCCAGCGUUCACUCAAACGGGGCCAAAUUGCUGGCAUAUUCUAUGGCAUUUCCCAGUUCUUUAUCUUCUCAUCUUAUGGCCUUGCCUUGUGGUAUGGGUCUGUGUUGAUGGAGAAGGAGCUUUCUAGCUUUAAAUCAAUUAUGAAGUCAUUUAUGGUUUUAAUCGUAACAGCGUUAGCUAUGGGGGAGACUUUGGCACUAGCACCUGACCUUUUGAAAGGAAAUCAAUUGGUGGCAUCAGUUUUUGAAGUGAUGGAUAGAAAAACAGGAAUAUUGAGUGAUGUUGGAGAAGAGCUAAAGACAGUGGAAGGAAGAAUUGAGCUAAAAAGAAUUAAUUUCAGCUACCCUUCAAGGCCAGAUGUGGUUAUUUUUAGUGAUUUUAAUCUGAAAGUGCUUGCAGGAAAGAAUAUUGCCUUAGUGGGGCAUAGUGGUUGUGGUAAAAGUUCAGUCAUCUCCCUUAUACUUAGAUUUUAUGAUCCAACAUCGGGGAAGGUGAUGAUUGAUGGAAAAGACAUCAAGAAGCUAAAUUUGAAAUCCCUCAGGAAACAAAUUGGUCUGGUGCAACAAGAACCGACUCUUUUUGCAACAUCAAUUUAUGAAAACAUUCUUUAUGGAAAGGAAGGAGCCUCAGAAACAGAAGUGAUGGAAGCAGCUAAACUUGCCAAUGCUCAUAAUUUUAUUAGUGCUCUUCCUGACAGCUACUCCACCAAAGUAGGUGAGAGAGGAGUUCAACUAUCUGGUGGCCAAAAACAAAGGGUAGCUAUUGCCAGGGCUAUUUUGAAAAACCCCAAAAUCUUGUUGCUAGACGAAGCCACCAGUGCAUUAGAUGUGGAGUCAGAGCGUGUAGUACAACAAGCUCUAGACAAAUUGAUGCAGAAUAGAACAACAAUUAUAGUAGCACAUAGGCUAUCCACAAUAAGAAAUGCAGAUCAAAUAGUUGUUUUAGAGGAUGGAAAGAUAGCUGAGCGAGGCACUCAUUCAAGUCUUGUAGAGAAUACAGAUGGAGCAUACUUCAAAUUAGUCAGCCUUCAACAACAACAUCUACAAGAACAAACUGAAUGACAUAACAAAAUGACUAAUGAUUAGACGUGUUGGUAAUUGUAAAAUGUAAAAUCGCUUUAAAUUCAUUCAUGGUUUUAGUUUUAUCAUAAUAUAAUGUUUCAAUU